AUGGUAGCGCUGCUUGCCCGCCAAAUCUUCCAAUCGCGCUCCGCAGUGCUGUUUAAUUUGAGGAAGAUGACUUCGGCGGCUAAAGAAUACGACUACCUUGUGAUUGGCGGCGGAUCCGGAGGAGUUGCAUCGGCAAGACGAGCUCGGGAAUUCGGCGUCAGUGUGGCCCUGGUGGAAUCCGGACGCUUAGGAGGAACAUGUGUCAACGUCGGAUGCGUGCCGAAGAAGGUGAUGUACAACUGUGCGAUGCAUGCGGAAAUGAUUCGCGACCACAAGGACUACGGCUUCGACGUCACUGUUAACAAAUUCGAUUGGAGCGUUAUCAAAAACUCUCGUGAUGCUUAUGUGAGAAGGCUAAAUUCCAUCUAUGACAAUCUUGUCUCAAAUUCGUCUAAGUGCGAUCUCAUUCGAGGAAAAGCCACGUUUGACGCAGAUGGAUCCGUGUUAGUGAAUGGAGAACGAUACAAAGGCAAGCAUACGCUGAUUGCUGUUGGAGGCAUGCCAACAAUUCCCGAUAUUCCGGGCGCAAACUACGGGAUUGAUUCAGAUGGAUUUUUCGAAUUGGAAAAUCUGCCAAAGAAAACAGUCGUCGUUGGUGCCGGUUACAUCGCCGUUGAGCUGGCCGGAAUUUUGGGAGCACUUGGGUCGGAAACUCACUUGCUGAUUCGAUACAAAGAGGUUCUACGUACAUUCGACAAGGACCUCUCAAAAGUUUUAACGGAAUGUUACGAAUCGGGACCCGUAAAAUUGCACAAAGAGACUCAGAUUAAACAAGUGGAAAAACUGGAGAGCGGCCUACUAAAAGUGACGACAAAUCACGGAGUUAUCGAAGAUGUUGAAACGUUAAUCUGGGCAAUUGGACGACAUAGCUUGACAAAGGAUCUCAAUCUUGAUAAGGCUGGCGUGCACAUGGAUAAGAAUGGAAACGUUCUGGUUGAUAAAUUCCAAAACACUAACGUCGAGGGAAUUUACUCAGUGGGAGAUGAUACCGGAAAAUGGCAAUUGACUCCAGUUGCUAUUGCUGCUGGGAGACGCUUGGCACACCGUUUGUUCAAUGGAGAGAAGGAUCUUCAUCUCAGCUACGAAGACAUCCCAACUGUAGUUUUCAGUCAUCCAGUUCUUGGCACAGUUGGGCUGACGGAAGAUGAGGCGAUCAAGAAGUACGGGAAGGAAAAUAUCAAUUUGUACAAAUCGAAAUUCACCCCAAUGUACUAUUCCGUCUGCGAGCAUAAAGAGCCAGCUUUUUUUAAAAUGAUCUGUGCGGGAGAUGACGAGAAAGUUGUCGGAAUUCACAUUUUGGGUGCUGGCUCUGAUGAAAUGCUACAAGGAUUUGCUGUGGCCGUCAAAAUGGGAGCGACCAAGAAGCAAUUCGAUGACACCAUUGCGAUUCAUCCCACGUCCGCCGAAGAACUUGUAACGCUGCGUGGAUCUACAAAACCAGAA